AUGCUACUUCAAACUCGCGACAUCAACGACCAAAUUCCAGCCUCGAGCGAUUUUAAAUCCCCGCAGAAGGAUCCAGCAAUUCAAAAUUCUUACAAAAUGUCGUCCACAAUACCACGAUUCUUCUCCCAACCUUUCCGGUACAUACGAUGGGCAGCCAUUGAAAAGCCCGCUAUCUUCUUCUCCAUAGCCAUUGGAAGUAUUGGACCAGUCCUCGUCCUCACAGUUCCAAAGAUCCGCCAUAGGCUCGGGGAUGGACCAAGACCACAGAUUCCUUUGACAUAUCCAAUCCCAAAUGGACCAAGAAAAUCCUUGAGUGGUUACGAUGAUGAGUAA